GAUGUGCUGCAUUGCACUAUAUAGUUUACCAACUUAAUGCAAUGCACAGGAAUCUUAUAAGUUUCUUACUAUUUGUAAUGUUAAUUCACUUGCCCCUCUCAGCUGCUGCAUUCUAAUUUGAUGUGUUGAUACUGUUUUGUAGAGAGUGAUGAGUUACAUAAAGACAUUGAACAGCUGUGUAUGCAGCAAACUGGUCCUGGUUACCUUGCUGUGGCUACUCGAAUGCAUUUUCAGAGCUGGCUUGGAGCAGGAGAUUGAGAGCUUGAAAAAGAAGUUAACUGCUUGCACUAGAGAGAAGUUAAAUCUCCAAGAGGAGCUUUCGGAAGCUUACCGUAUCAAAGGCCAGUUGGCUGAUUUACAUGCUGCAGAGGUAUCAAAGGUAUCGCUCUCUUUCUCUCUCUACAUCCAGCACAUGUGUUCACAUUGGAGGUGUUGGCAGGAAGUUAACUUAUGAAUUAUUCACUAAUGGAAUGGUA